AUGGGUCAGAGCAUGUCAUGGCUGUCUAGCCUGUCCAACCUCUUCUGGACAAAGAAGGAAAUCCGCAUUCUGAUUUUGGGUCUCGAUAACGCCGGAAAGACGACACUACUAUACAGACUCAAGAUUGGCGAGGUAGUAACGACGAUACCAACAAUUGGGUUCAACGUCGAAUCAGUCACAUACAAGAACCUCAACUUCAACGUGUGGGAUCUGGGUGGUCAGACAAGCAUCCGCCCCUACUGGAGGUGCUACUAUGCGAACACGGCGGCGGUAAUAUUCGUUGUUGACUCGACCGAUAUGGAGCGAUUGCAGACCGCGGCGGACGAGUUGGCAGCCAUGCUGAACGAGGAAGAGCUUAAGGACGCUGCGCUUUUGGUAUUCGCCAACAAGCAAGAUCAACCAGGUGCAAAGGGGGCGGCAGACAUUUCACAGGCUCUCCGCCUAGGCGAGCUAAGGGACAGGAACUGGAGCAUCAUGGCCUGCAGUGCAGUGGAUGGGACAGGCAUCAACGAGGGCAUGGACUGGUUGGUGCAAACCGUAAAAGAGGAGUAG